ACGUCAUCACGUGGCGUGGGGGUUGGUGCUGUACGUCGUAGUCCUACGCGCCGGAGCUGGGUGUGAAGAUGGCGGACGAAGAGGCCGAGCAGGACCGCAGUACUGCGGACGGAAUGACUGAAACAAUCGCGGAACUUAGACAGCGGCUUGAAAAAGUUCAAGAACUCCUGACUGGAGGAAGCCCCGAGUCCCCGGUGCAGUCCUCCUCGGAGUAUUGUCAGGAGUUUUGUCGGACGCUGCUGGAGUUUGCUGGACGAUGGAGGGUGGAGGAGGAGCCCCUCCCUCUGCUGCAUGUGUACAUGGUGGGCCUGCUGAGUUAUGCUCAGGCGUCCCCCUUCCUGUGUCUGGAUUGUGAAAACGUUCCCCUCGUGGUAGAGAGGCUCUCGCUGAGCUUCCUGGAGCUUCUGCUCUCACUGAAGAACUUUCCAGAAGACUUGUGGAAACAAAUAACUUCAUGUGUUCAGUUUGCACACAGCCAGCUCCAGGAGAACGGGAUCUCCCAGCUGUCCCUGCUGUCCUCUGUGGGCCAGUAUGACGGCGUUUGGACCCACAGCGUUCUGCAGGGCCUUCUGUCCAACCAGGACCUGCAGAACGAUCAAGUGGAGGAGUUUCUGCUAAAGGAGGGCUCAGUUCUGCUGCAGAUGAGGGUGAAGCAGCUGAUGAAGGACAAGGAGCUGACAAAGGCGGGGCAGCUGGCAAAGACCUGCUCCGAGUCCACUGCCCUUCAGGGGAAAACAGCUUUCAAGCAGAUGUAUUUGGUCUGCCUGUGUGGCACCGCAGAGCAGAGUCAGCUCAUGGAGGAGCUUUCAAAGGAGGACUGCAGCGACGCUUUAGAAAUGAUCUGCAACCUGGAGUCUGACGGCGACGACAGCGCAGCUUUCAGUUUAUGUUCAGCCUUUCUGACCCGACAGCUUCUGCAGGGAGACACCUACUGUGCUUGGGAGCUCACUCUGUUUUGGAGCAAACUGCUGAAGCGUCUGGAGCCGUCGGAUCAGGCCUUCCUAGACAGGUGUCGGCAGAUGUCCUUCCUGUCCAAAACCGCUUACCACAUCCUGUUCUUCAUCAAGGUCAUCCAGUCGGAGAUCGGCAGCUCCGGACUCUCUGCGUCCAUCGAGCUGUGCAUCAGAGCUCUGAGGAUAAAAUCAGACGACGACAAAUUAAAAGCAAACGUGUGCAAAACCAUUUCCUGUUUGCUUUCCAAUGACCUGGAGGCGAAGCGUGCCUGUCAGCUGACGGAGUUCCUCCUGGAGCCCACUGUGGACGCAUACUAUGCUGUGGAAUCUCUUUACAAUGAACCAGAUCAGAAACUGGAGGUAGAGAGCAUGCCCAUCCCCAACUCUCUGCGCUGUGAGCUCCUGCUGGUCCUGAAAAUCCAGUGGCCCUUUGACCCCGAGUUUUGGGACUGGAAAACACUGAAACGGCAUUGCCUGGCUCUCAUGGGAGAGGAGGCUUCGAUAGUGUCAUCCAUCGAUUCUCUGAAUGACCCAGAAGACGUAGAAGAAGAAAAGGAGAUGAGUUUUAUGGAUUAUAACAACAUGCCGGACCCCAUCAUGGGCGGGAUGUACGAGCUGGAAAAUAUGGACUCCGGGAAGCAGAAAAACCAAGAAAUAAAAAAGCUGAAGGACAAGAGUUGCAUAUCGGCCCGCUAUCGGAACUGGCAGGUGUACAUGCAGUACUGUGUGCUCUGUGACAAAGAGUUCCUGGGCCACAGGAUUGUUCGUCACGCUCAGACUCACCUGAGCAACGGAACAUACAGUUGCCCCAUCUGCGCUCAAACGUUCUCCUCAAAAGACGCUCUGAUUCCACACGUAACAACGCAUGUGAAACAGUCAUGCAAGGAGAGGCUGACGGCCAUAAAAACCAGCAAAAACCUGACUCGCCCUAAGGUAGGGAUAUCCUCCCUCUCAGCACUGAAGACCAAAUCACAAAAUAAUCUCCACAAGAAGAAAAAUUCUACGGUUAAGAGUGUUGUAGUGCAGAACAGUGACUCCAGUUCGGUUCGAAGGGACGUAGACAGCAAUGAGAGCAACAUGUGCCCCGUGGGGAACUGCAGGAGGAGCUUCAAGUUCUUCAAGAACCUCAUCUCACACGUCAAAGGCCACGGCGACAACGAGGAAGCCAAGACCUUCCUGGAAUUACAGAGCAACAAAGUGGUUUGCCAAUUCUGCCGUCGCCACUUCCUCAGCGUCAACCACCUGAGCGAUCACCUGCAGGCGCACUGCGGCAUCAACCCCUACAUCUGCAUUCAGCUGAACUGCAAAGCUAGCUUCGAGUCCUACUCUGAGCUCCUGGUUCACAGGAGAACUCACACUGUUUUCAAAGCCAAGUGCAUGUUUCCAACAUGUGGCAAAAUCUUCAACGCCGCCUUCCGGCUGUACGACCACGAGGCGUUGCAUUACAAAACCUUCACGUGCAAAGUCGUUGGCUGUGGAAAGGUGUUUCAUUCUCAGCAGCAGCUGGACAUCCACCUGGAGAGACAUGCCACCCAAGAGGAAGAGGCUAAACCCGAGCAGAGCUCACAAGAACCCGCGCUCGCCCAACACAAGAACUCCAUUGGUUUUGCCAUCAAAGAAGAGCCUUCACAAAAGACCCUAAACACUAAAAGCACUGUCGAUUCUAAUCACAGGAGCUUCUCAGCGUUUGAGGAGAAGCCAUCUCCAGAACCUGCGAAAGUCUGCAAACUUGAAUCUGAAACCACAGCUGUUCCAGUCAGUCAGCCGUCUGUUCUGAAGAGUUCUGUGAUCCAGUCUAUGCAUUCCCGCUCGGUAGACGCAGACAGACGCAGAAACGAUCAGAUAGCUCAUUCCUUUGGCUGUGGUCCUCACCAGAAAAAGCUCCCGGUGGUUUCACUGGACAGCAAUGCUGUAAGCCUGUUUCAGAAACAGACCCAGGCAUUACCCACCAACAGUAAAACAACAACCUACCCCUCCAAAUUGCAUGUACCCGUACCAAACAGACCACCCCCUGGUCCCAACCUGUCAUCCAUGUUGCUGCCUCAGAUGACUGCAAAGCCAGCCAUGUCUCAGCUGCUGCCACCAUCAGCAACCCUUCAGCAGGCGACUGCGAACGAAUCAGAGAGACCCUCCUCCUCCUCAGAGAGCGCAGCCCCCCCUCCGAGCCACAAAGAGAGGUUCCACUGUCCGUUUGGAACGUGCACGCGGCAAUACUGCUCCUACCGGAGUGUCAUCAAGCACAUGAAGACCGUUCACCCCGAAUUCUAUGAACAGUGGAAAGUUACCAAGUCCAACAUCCAGGUAACUUACGUUCCAGUCUCUAGCACGCCCUCUGCUGGGCAUUCUGGUCCACUGAAAAAUCAGAGCACCAAAGUUCCAGCUCAGGGAGUCCAGAGGGAGAAUGUCAUCCAAUCAUUGCCUUUCAACAAGGGCACCAACUUCAUGAACUUGCUUGCCUCGCUUUCCCACAACCAAAGCAGCUCAAUGCUCAUGGAAAAUGUUUUGAAUCCCAUCGUUCUGUCUCAAUUAAAUAACAAAAACACAGCCGAAAGUCAGUCAGCUCCUCAGAACUGGACGCCUUCUGCAGGAAGUCCGCAGAUUCGCAGUCCAUCCCAGCUUCUCUCAUCAAAUACGCAAGAGGAGCCACAGGCCCCUUCUGCUGGAGCUGCUCCUCUGCCCCACUCCCUGAUGGGACAGCUCAUGAGCAACCCCCAGUCCAUCAUCACUUCAUACAUCAAUCAUGUAAAGGAAGUCUCCCAACAAGCCAAAGCUCUUCCAGCAUUUGCGGCACAGGUGUCCAGCAGCUUAGGCGCCGCUGCCAGGUCACUGGACGCGAUGAAGAGCAGGGAAAGCCGCAAUCACUUCAACAUUCCUGCACGCAACGAAGCAGCCACCUCUACCAAAGUCAGCCUUCCUCAGAACGGUCGACUCGUACCUGAAAACCGUCCUGCAAAUGAGAAGCAAGCCCGUAGAGCCCGGUGGCCAGCCAUAGUUAAAGAUGGUAAAUUUUUGUGCCGCCGAUGCUUCAGACAAUUCAGUAGUCCAAAAUCACUUGGAGGCCAUUUGUCAAGGCGUGCAUUGUGCAUACCUCAUCCCGACUCUGAGGCAUACCCAGAAUAUGUCAGUCAGCUCAGUACGGAGCAAAGCGACGACUCUUCGCAGCCGUCCUAUAGUGGCACCACAGCGAACCACAACCCUUGCGAGACAAUGACCCCCAGUCCCUCUGUGGCUAAAGACUUCUCCUCCCCUGAAAACAGGCCUGCCUACACAAAUCGGGUUUCCAGCGACGAUAUUCUGAAGCAAAUUAUGGCUGAGUCUAAUUUGUCUCACCUUUUCAUGCCCACAUCCUCCCCCCAGCCGGUGAUCCAAAACUGUCCUGCGUAUGGGAGCAGUGAGCGUCCACAGGGCGGCUCAGUCAUCCAGCAUACAGAAAAUCUUCAGCCGAAGCAGGAAAGUAACCUGUACAGUAAAGCGUUUUAUCCUCAACAAAGUGUUGGUCUGCUGCCUGAAACACGGACCUCAAACCCACAGCUUUCACAAGUCCACCCAGAAAACCCCUCCGCUGCAGGAACAGGACACCCCAAAAACGUGAGCACUAAUGACAGGUGUCGCUCUAAGAGCAGCCUUCAGACGCCGGAAACAGAAGCUACUUCUGUCAUUCAAGCUCUCACACCUGAUGGUGGUAUGGCUCAGGUGCUCUGUACUAAUCCGACUGAAAAGCAGAACCCUCCUGCUGAGAACGACAUCAAGAAGAAGUUGCGUGACCAGAUUUUAGCUGGUGAGUUUCAGCGCAGAAACAGUGCGUCUCAUCUCAGCAGCACAGACCUGAAACCCCAGACCUACAGUCCUUCCAGUAACUUUGUGUUCCACCGCACCUCCUUUGAGAUGAGCAAAGAUUUAAGUCAUCGAGGGCCAAUCCUGAAGGAAGGUCCCAGAAUUUUCCCCGGAUCUGCUGUGGAGGCGGAGCAACUCCUGAACAAACAAAGCUUCUCUCACUUCAGGGAGAGUAGUGUGUCCAAGGCGGAGCCAUUUAGCCCAACUGGCUUUUCUCCCAUCCAUCCAGAUCCUGAACCCGGCGAGUUGUCAGCCAGUCAGUUGCAGUGUGUGAGCGAGAUCCAGCACAAGUUUGAGAGACUGGAUUUAGUCAAAGACAUGACGAAUCAGAUGAUUAUUCAGAAGACUCAAAACUGUCCUUAUCCCAGCAGCCAGACCUCAUCCACUAAAGUGAAAACCCAGAGCUCCGUCGUCCCAGCUGUGGCUAAGCCGUUCGUGUGUAAUGCUGGCAACUGCGACUUUAGCUCACUGUCAGGUGAGGCUCUGUGGAAACACCUCGCCAAAGCACACAACUACACGUGUGAGAUGAUUAACAUGAUCAAGAAGAAGUUUGGGAAGUACGCUCCGUUCAAGUGUCAGAAGUGCAGCAAGUGUUUCACCCGGAACUCAAACCUGCGCGCUCACUACCAGUCUGCUCACAAACUGUCUGUCAAAGAAAUUUCCGACCUGGAUGAGACGCGGAGGCUGGCUAAAGCCGCCGAAGCUUUUACUGUUCAGAACCAAGUCAGAGCUCAUCAGUCAACAGAAACACCUCGUCUUUCCGUAAACAAGCCGAUUCCAGGACAAGCUCUUCCCCAGUGCAAGACUCCCCCCACCAUAAAUCCAAACCACACACUCCAGGACCGCGGUCAGUCCUCGGUUCUCUACCCACCUGUUCUGAUGCAGAAUAAAGCACCACCACCCGUUCAGAGCUCUGGAAUGCCAAUGCCAUCAGGAAUGACAGCAAUGCCACAACUGCAAAGCACUUUGCUGAAGGUGCUGAGUCAGCAGGCAGCUAGUAAGCAAACAUACAACCCAGCAGCUCCUGUAACCGUAAACGCAGCUGCUGUCCCUCCGGCCAAACAAGCCAAUGAGAAAGCACCUGCCAAUAAACCAACUGCAGAAAAAUCCAAGAAGUCCAAAGCCAGGAAACCAAAACAAGGAGACAUGACUCCCUACAAGCCGUAUUCCUGCGUCCACCAAGGCUGCACAGCCGCUUUCACCAUCCAGCAGAACCUGAUCCUCCACUACAGAGCGGUGCACCAUUCUGCACUCUCAGCUCUGGAGAUCAACCAAGCCGUGGACAAGACCGACGAGACGGAUGAAGUGACGGACAUGGACGAGGAAGAGGCUGAGGCGGAGUUCCCUGAGAUUUCGGAGUUCAGGUGUCAGCUUAAAGACUGCUGUUGUGUUUUCCAAGAAGUCUCGACCCUCUUCCAGCAUUACCUUCGGCUCCACAAGCUCAGCCCGGGUAAAAUCUGCAGCCUCCUGUCCGCCAUCAAACUGGGCAAGUUUGUCUGCAGUCUCCAAGGAUGCACUGAGUCCUUCCUCACUUCCCAAAAGUUCAUAAGCCACAUUAAAGAAGCCCACAAAGACGUAAACCUGGGUAGAACGGAACACCUCAAUGCGACUUUCAAGUGUACGUUUGAAGGCUGCGAUCGAGUGUAUGCUACAAAGUCUAAUAUGCUCAGACACGCCAUGAAAAAGCACGGAAGGCUGCCCAGUCCUGAACCGAAACCAGCGCAGGUGAAAAGCAAGCCCAUUAAACCUAGCUCCAAAACUCUACGCUACCCAAUCAGUAAGACGAGCAAUGGCAAGGAGAACAUAGCAAGCAACAAAAAGGUCCUUCUGAGAACUCGAGACGUUAAAAGAGCCGUCCGAUCAAAGUCAAGCCAUUGGACGAACUAUGGAAAACCAUCUUUAAAGACCAAAGUGGAGGCGGCGGCGAUGUGCACCAAGAAGUUUCCCCUCCAGUAUCCCUGCAUGAUAAAAGGCUGCGAGUUUGUCACCAAAGCCGAGCGCAGCAUUUUAAAGCAUUACUUGGUGCACGGACUGUCGGAGAAGUACCUGGAAUUGCACAGGAGUCACUUCAUCUUCUGCAAGAAGUUUCCCAAGUUAAGGAAUCGCUUCAUCAGAAAUGACGACGCCAAGUCAGACAAAAACUCUGACGUUUCCGACAAUGAGGUCACUGGAGAUCCCACGCUGGAAGAAGGUCAGCAGGACGACUCGAAGCCCAUCCUACGCAGGAGAACCCCUGUGGUGGUAGCUGUCCCACUGUUCGACAAGAUGCCAACCAAGAGGAGAUCAGAGGGCUCUCGCUUACUAAAACGCAAAAGAGGCCGCCCCCGGAAAUACAUGGAGAAGAUGGUCAAACCCAAAAAGAUCCUGCGUACAGCUAAGACCGAGCCGGUUUACAACCAUAAAGAACCGCCGGUGGUCCAGGAAAGGAGCGAGCGGAGCGCUCCACUGGCCUCCUUUACACCUAUGGGCUUUGAGAUGUCCUUCCUGAAGUUCCUAGAACAGUCCAACAAGUCCGAACAGACAGAGCGGCCCAAGAACCGAACCAAAACCGUUUCUGUGCGCUUCAGCAACCCGCAGAAGCUGAAGUCGCUGGGCAAGGUUCGGAUCAGUCUGGACCCCGCCUGUUCAGGCGUCUCCGACCACAUGCUGAGGCAGCUGCAGAACAUGCGGCCUGCUGUUGUCCUAGAAAAAUGUAACUGAAGUCUGAACAUUUUUAGCAGAAUCUCAGGACUGUGAUGAGUUACCUGCUGCAGAACACUGUCCCACUCAAAACCUUAACCACACACCGGCUUUAUUUAAGAACCAAACCGUCUCUGGAGGUCCUGCAGCUGUUUCAGGACACAUCUGUCUUUUUUCUUUUACAUAGUAGACUGUAAAGCAUGUUUUAUCUGAUCACUAAUGGAAGAAAAGCUCAUCCCUGUGGGACCUGAAGAUCGACUGAAGCGUAUUGUGUAGUUUGUGAAGGUCUUUGUGCAUUGUGUAUAUAUUUGGAAACAUUCCACUGCCAUCAGCAGUCGGAUUCUUUCUGGUUUUGUUGACUCCCUCCGCUAUUUUUUUGUUUUUGUUAGAGAAAAAUUAAUUCAUUCAGGAAUUUAUUUGACAGUUAAAAUGUGAAGCUGUUGCAUGUACAUUUUAGUUUUUUCUUAAUGGAUUUUAGAGCUGAAUUACUUGAGCUCCCAUUAAAACUUGUCAUUAUUUUAUAAAUCUGAA